AUUCUGCAGAAGCUGUGAGCAGUGAGAAAGAUGGAGAUGUGUUGUGAAGCGAGGAGCAGCAUCAUCGUCGUCGUCGUCAUCAUCACAGAUUGCUCGAUAUAGCUAGACCUGUCCCUUGCUCUCUUUAUAGAUCGAUGACAUGGAAGUCCAAGGGGAAUAUAAGUACCCAGCUCCUUCGAGGGAGGCUUUAUGCCGCUCUUUCGUUUGGGUCGGGACCCAGGAGGAGGAGGAGGCAUUGCCAGUCCAAGCUGGGCUCCAUUCACAAGCUGCCUGAAUCAUGAUCAUAAUCAUACGGCACCACGUUUUGCAUCGGUACGAGGUUCUUGCUCUCGCUUGAAUUAUGGGCCACCGGGAGCACUUUCGUCGAAGGCUUGGACACUCAGUCAAAGUCCUCGAGGGGCAAAUAUAUGCUGCACAAAGCCCUCCAAGGGGGUGCUUUGUGCUUCGAGUUGGGACCCAUGGGGAGGCAUUUCAUUCCAAGCUGGGCUCCAAUCACCAGCGCUGGAAUCAUGGCCAUACGGCACCACGUUUGGGAUCUGUACGAGCUUCUCGUUCUCGUUUUGAAUUAUGGGCGAGCGGGAGCACUUUCCUCGAAGGCCUGAUUAUGAGGCCCCACCCCCUCACUGAAUCAGAGAGUCUCCCAACUCACAACACGUGGUCGUCACCAGUUGAAGUAACUUGUGGGCUACUGGGAGCUGGAGGUUCAUGUCCUCCAGUGAUUGUAGUUGCAGAGAAACUUUUGGUCAUGGUUUGUUCGUUUCAUUUUGUUUUGUUUCUUGUGUGUGAUCCUUGUUCAUCCGAUCACACGUUGAAAGUCCCGUUUAUCAUUGCAGCAAGUGAAGAAUAUAUUCAAAGCACAUUUAGGACAAUAUAAUGAAGAGGUUUUUUAGUCUUAUAUCAAUCAUAACAUGUACAUGUGUGUGCUCAUUCUAUAAAAAAUAAAAAUUGAAGUGUCCCUGCUAUCAGUAGGGGAUCGGGCAGGCAAAUGAAUCUAUCUAACCAAAGAAGCAAUUUUUUCAGUGC